CAAAAUAUAAAAUAUGCAGACAUCGGUCUCUAGAUCAAAUUUAUAUAUAUAAAUUAUCUGUACCGUGAAAUCAAAUCCCAACUGGAAUUGGAAUAGCAAAGCGUGAACAUGAAUAAAAAUAAAAUCAAAAUUAUUGGGAACAAUGGUAAGCUUAGAUUGUGCAAGCGAACGCAGAACUAUCGUCGCAGAUUGAAAGGGAACUCCCAAAAUGUGAUGGCUACGUAAUUGAAAAAAUAAAGCGAAACCAGUGCACAGUACUUCAAAAACGAACAUGAUAAUAAAAAAUCUCCAGGACAGUAAUUCAUGACAAAACGCACGUAAGCCUUAUCCACUAAACGGGUUCUCAUGCUCAAGAAUCAUGAGUACAUCACCGACGUAACAUCACGUAAUAUGAACACAGCGACCAGACAAUAAUUUUAGUCUCAUUCAUUUAAUUCAGAGCAUGUAUGCGAUGGUUGAAUCGAAAUUAAGUCCUGAAAAACCAGUAGUAGAAGACCGCUCGCUCAGAUGUGGCAUAUGCCACAAAUAUUUUAAUUUCCAAUCCGACUUGAAACGACAUUCUCAAGUGCACAGUGGAUUUAAACCACAUUGCUGUACAUAUUGUUCUAAACGGUUUCUCAAGUCAUCCGACCUGAAGCGGCAUGUCAGGACUCACACUGGCGAAAAACCUUAUCCAUGCUUGAUAUGCAGUAGGCCAUUUGCAAAUUCAUAUGACUUGACGAAACAUACUCGGGUCCAUACCGGGGAAAAGCCAUACUCAUGCCCAGAAUGCGGCAGGAGGUUUGCAAACACGUCUAAUUUGAGGAUUCAUCAACGAGCUCAUACGGGAGAGAAGCCGUACAAAUGUGUGGAGUGCAAUAAAAAGUUUUCAUACGCGUCGGGAUUACGCGACCAUAAAAAGACACACCUUGUUACAGACCCUGUAGAGAAAUUAACCGACAGGACGCCACUGCAAGUAAAGGACGACUCUGCCGAACACCUCCAAAAGCAGACAUUAAGGACAUGUGAGGCCUCCAAAAAGGUUGGAAGGAAUAGUUCCGGACUAUAUCGAAGCGAAUCGCAUCCAGAACAGAAAACUUCAGAAAAGGCUGUCGCCUCGAUUAGGUUGCCGCCUCGGAGACAUUCGGAACCACCCGACUCAAGAGUCCAGUAUUUAACUGGGGGCAAUUAUAUUGUUUCAAACAUUGACCGUCCACCAUUUGAUAAUUCUGGGCAACAUCAUUCCAUUGCUAACCGCGGGUAUUCAGUUCCCGAUUUUGCGACCGGAUCCACUGCAACUGAGCAAAAGCAACAUUUGUCUUGCUAUGGAGAUACCCAGUCACAAAGUAGCUGUGGUAAAACACUACAAAUACUUUUGAAAGGUGAAUGUCUACCAGACAGUUUACACACCGCUACACCCGUGGACCCAUAUAAAGAAACCAGAGCUCAGUUAAACGCCGGCGUUCGAUUUGAUGAAACGCAUUCAUCAACUGACAGAACUUUGAAUUAUGCUAAGGUCAGAGAAGGAGGUGGACACCAUAGCAACAGUACGAUAAUGUUGAAUUCAAGCGAGAGAAACAAUGGUAUUGUUGACGAAAGGGAAGAGUAUAGGGGUCGACCUCUACGCAACAGUCCAUCGCUUUCGCCUUUGCCUCAUACCUCAAUAGAUACUAGAAUUGCACCAAAUCAAGAUAAUAAUAUCGACUGCAGGCCACAUCAGGCCAAGCGCAGCAGCUUAACGCAGUAUGGAGGUAACGAUCGACUGAAGUAUCCAUUGAAGAAGCGACCAACGUCAUUCCAGUCGGACAGUAACGAGUCUAACAGAGAACAUGAAUCAUUAAUUACUAGACAUAUUGACACCGAAAGCCAUUCCGACACUGCAAAUCAAGUCGAACCAAUGAAAAUGAGCCCGGCUAGCUAUCGCACGACGACGACAUCACAACAUGCAAUGGGGAUAUCUCCUUUUGAAUUAAGCAAUGCGCCUGCAUGCUAUUCGCAAGACUUGAAACACCAAAGCUGCAUCAAUAUAGCAAACUCCAACGAUGAUCAACGAGAUGUACAUAUUGUUGAAUAUACUAGACCCCUUUUAAGGUUAACAGAGCCUCAAUAUCAAUACAAUGGCUCCGUUUCGCCUUCUAAUUUUACGAACCAGAGCGACCAGGUGGGCUCAUUUCCAAGGACCUCAGAAACGUCGUCUUCUUCACAUACCGCUAAGAAUGCAAUAAUAAAGUCGGCCAUAGACGAUGCUCAUUAUAUAGUGCCAGUCUCCAAUAAAGAGCUGAAAAUAACUGAAGUCUCGAGGGAGUCAUCGGUACAAUUUUCCCACAGAAACGAAAAUGAAGUGAUUGACUCAGGGACAGCGCCGUACACUCCUGUACCUUUAUCGUGCCUGAACGUAUUCCACCCUCAGUACGCCCAGGGUCCUCCGCCACUUGUUGCAUUCACCCAGCAUACCGCCAACCAAUCAGAUCAUUCAAAAUAUAGUGGCUACGAGCGUCCGAACGUGAAAAUGGGCUCCUUGAUUCCCCUCUGGACCUCACCGUCAAUAAACGAACACUGGCCAAUAAUGAUCAAAGGAGGCAGUCCUACCACAACUCUGAGGCAUAUGAGUACACUAGUCAAGUGCAAUGUAACGAUCACAAAUCAUGGGAGUCUGAUAUGGAACCGAUCAACAAAGACUAUAUCAUUGGAGGAAAGUAUGCUAUACAUACAACAAAACAUAUUUCAUCUACUGGAAAACGCCAGAGCAUGAUGCAAAUGCUAGAACAUGUUAUAAGAACUGAGCUGCAGUAUACAUAAAAUGUGAAAUUAAAAUUUUCUGUAUGUCAUGUGAAGUUCAUGUAUUGUUGUAGUAUUACAAAAUGAUUGGUAUUUGUGACAAACAUGUGAAAAACACCCUUUAUCAACUCGGCUAUUUAGUUGACUUUUCAGGAUGUUUACUUUGAUUUUUCAUUUGAUUUUUCUUCUUUCAAUUUGUAAUAAAGGACCAUGUGAAGUAUGGCAAGUGGUUUUGUUCGGUCAUAUCUUUCACCACCAAUCUGGCCAUAAAUACAGAAGCUUCAAAAUUAGACAGUUCAAACAGUUCUACUUUUUGAGACGUUUUAGACCCCUUGUUGAAUAAUCUUUUCAUGCA